AUGGAGAACGGUGGGGAUCACGAGCUCGGCAUGACCAUCGACGAGGAGCGAGAAGAGGAGCAAAUGGAGGAGAAGAUUGUCAAUGAAGAAUAUAAAACAUGGAAAAAGAAUGCGCCCUUUCUCUACGAUCUGAUGCUCAGCACCGCUCUUGAAUGGCCUACACUCACGACACAAUGGCUGCCAGAUAAGCAAGAGAUUCCAGAAAAGGAUUAUGCAACUCAUCGACUUCUUAUUGGCACACACACCUCCAACGAAGCUCAAAACUAUUUACAGAUAGCUCAAGUACAACUGCCGAAGCCGGUCACCCCCGAUGCAGCAGAUUACGAUGAGGACCGGGAAGAGAUUGGCGGAUAUGGGGGCGGAGCUUCAAAGAAUUCACCAGUCAUGGAAGUCAAAUUCAACAUUGUUCAGAAGAUAAAUCAUCCAGGCGAGGUCAACAAAGCCAGAUAUCAGCCCCAGAACCCAAAUAUAAUCGCAACAUUGUGCGUGGAUGGGAGGGUCAUGAUAUGGGACAGAACAAAACACCCCAGCCAGCCCACGGGCAACAUAAAUCCGCAAAUGGAGCUCCUGGGUCACGAUUCAGAAGGCUUUGGACUGAGCUGGAGCCCCCACCAAGCGGGACAUCUCGCUACUGGGAGCGAAGACCAGACAGUAAGAUUAUGGGAUAUAACGAAGUUCACCACCAGCAACAAAGCUCUUCACGCUACUCGAACCUAUACCCACCAUACCGCCAUUGUAAAUGACGUUCAACAUCACCCUCUACAUGCUUCUCUAAUUGGUACCGUCUCUGAUGAUCUCACCCUCCAAAUUCUCGACACUCGCUCCCCCUCGACCGCAUCCUCCGCAACACAGGCCAUCGACGGACACCAAGACGCCGUUAACGCCUUAUCUUUCAACCCAGCUAGCGAGUACGUCCUGGCUACAGGUUCAGCCGACAAGUCGAUAGGAAUAUGGGACUUACGGAACCUGAAGUCAAAAUUGCAUGCUCUUGUCGGUCAUAAUGACUCGGUUACAUCGCUUGCGUGGCAUCCCUUCGAGGAAGCCAUUCUCGGAAGCUCGAGCUAUGACCGGCGCGUAAUAUUUUGGGAUCUCAGCCGCGUGGGCGAGGAGCAGACGCCUGAUGAUGCAGAGGAUGGCCCACCUGAGCUACUGUUCAUGCACGGCGGCCACACAAACCGCAUCGCCGAUUUCAGCUGGAAUAUGAAUGAUCCGUGGGUUCUCUGCAGCGCAGCGGAGGAUAAUCUGAUACAGGUCUGGAAGGUAGCAAAUGCGAUUGUGGGGAAGGAUGCGGACGACGUGCCUAUUGAGGAGCUGGAGUAA